CUUUGGCCCAGGCGUGUACUCUGACCCCUGCACUUUCAUUCUGACAUCCACCUCCACGACUCUUUUGCUUUUAUACGUGUGCGCUCCAUGCCGCGGCCGGCGUCCCUCCUGGCGCUGCUGGUGCUCCCCCUCGCGGCCACGGUGGCGCUCGAGGCCAGGAGCGGCCUGGAGCUGCAGCGGAGGUCGCAGCCCAAGGAGAAGGAGAAGGGCGCACACAAGCUCGAGGCGCACGGGAAGGCGCAGCACAAGCCGCUGCACGACGAGGCCGGGCACAAGGCGGCGGCGCACGGCAAGGCGCACGAGAAGGCCGGGCACAAGGCGGCGGCGCACGGCAAAGACCACGACAAGUCUGGGCACAAGGUGGCGGCGCACAAGGCUGCGGCGCACGACAAGGCUGGGCACAAGGCCGCGGCGCACGACAAGGCUGGGCACAAGGCCGUCGUGCACGGCAAGGCGCACCACGAGUCCGCGAAGCACGAGAAGGCGCAGCACAAAGCCGCGCUCCACGGCAAGGCGGAGCACAAGGUCGCGCUACAUGGCAAGACACAGCACAAAUCCGUGGCCGCUCACGCCAAGCUGAAGCACGGUUCUGCGCUUCACCAGAAGGCAGGGCACAAGUCCGCGCUGCACGAGAAGGCAGGGAAGGCCGGUGCCAAGGACAAGAAGAAGAAGGCGGGGAAGGCCAAGGACGAGGACGAGGAAGCCGAGACCAAGACCACGAAGAAGGCCAAGAAGGCCGCGGCCAAGGACGAGAACGCGGACGAGGCAGAGCCGGUCGAGGAGGUGGUUGAAGACGAUGGCACGGACAAGGAGUCCCCAGCGAAGCUCACGAAGGGUAAGGCCGCGGCAGUGGACGACAGCUCCAUCUGCGCUGCUCCCGUGAACGGGAGCAAGUGCUUCAACUCCGUGACCUGGCUCAAGCGGGAGGGCUUCAGGCUGCACCCCGAGUGGUACCCGGCGUACAGCAGCCAGUCCACCUUCCAGGAGGUUCAGGCGAUGCUGUUCAGCCUCGGCAAGUCGGAGUGCCCGAAGCCAUGCGGUCAGGAGUCCACCACCUCCGCCGCCCCCGCCGCCCCCGCCGACCCCGACUCCGAGGAGGAGGACAUCGGUGGCACGCCGAGGCCCGCGGCUGGCUCCACCGUCCACUACGACGAGGAGUCGCAGGACGAGCCCGCGGAGAAGCAGUCGGAGGUGCCCGUGCCGUUUAAGCCAGACGUGGUCGCGGAGGAGGAAACACCGGCGCCCGCGCCAGAGGCCGCGGCGUCCGAGAGCGCAGCGGCGGCCGCCAGCGCCGCGACGACGCCCGAGCCGGAGCCGUCUGGGCCGCCGAGGCCGCCCGUGCUGCUGGAGAACCCGGCCAACUCGGUCGACGAGGAGAUGCUGCCCAGGGUCGGCAAGGACGCGGCCGACGUCAUGUAGGCUACCGGUUGGGGGUGGCGGCGCGGCGGCGCGACGCUCGAGCGCGCUCGCGCCCGCACCGCCGCGACGCCCGCGCGCGCUCCCGCGCCGCGGAGACGCGCGCACAGGGGGGUCCUGGAGGGA